AUGUGGUUGGUUGGGCUGGUAGUGUCUUGCGUUAAAAAUGUAAUCGGAGCCCUACUAUUGAGUUUUUUCGAUGCUGAUGAUAUGCAACCUACGCAGUGGGAGAGUUUGAGUGUGCGGCGUGGUGAUUUUCGUUUUCACGGGCGCAUUUGUGCGUACUCACCACCACUCAAAGGUCUUUUGGGCGGGGCCUAUGGUCGGAACACCUUCCAAUAUGCUACUCUACUGCGGCCCUGUAAGCUAAUUGUGUACUAUCAGAGUAUGGACAAAAACCGUCUCUAUCUUAGCAUGGGGAAACUUGGAUAUGUAUGCUACGCCUUUCCCAUAGCGCGUCACCUUGGUUGA